UCACUCCGGACCCCGCAUUCACUGUAUCCGCUCUCCCCGGACCCCGCAUUCACUGUAUCCGGUCUCCCCGGACCCCGCAUUCACUGUAUCCGGUCUCCCCGGACCCCGCAUUCACUGUAUCCGGUCUCCCCGGACCCCGCAUUCACUAUAUCCGGUCUCCCCGGACCCUGCAUUCACUAUAUCCGGUCUCCCCGGACCCUGCAUUCACUAUAUCUGGUCUCCCCGGACCCUGCAUUCACUAUAUCUGGUCUCCCCGGACCCACUAUAUCAGGUCUUCCACAGUACAUGGAAAUGCACUCUCCCAAGAAAAAAAAACAAAAAAAAAAACUCAGC